AGCCAUUCUGUGCAGUUAAUAACAGUACUAAUACCUAUAGAAGUAUGGAACCCAAAUUAGAAAAUGUGAGUUCUUCUCCACCAUGUAGUUACAGAACAUCAGAAGUACGUCUAAAAGAAGAAUUACAGCAAGAUGUUCAAAAGUUUAAGAAUGAGAUAGGCAUGUUACAGAUAGACAUCUGGGAUUUGGAAAAAAAGAAAGUUCAACUUCAAAAAGAGAUUAAUGAAGAAAAGAAGAGACACCAAAGUAAUGAGACGGCAGUAUUAGAAAACCUGUAUGCUGUCGCUGCUGCUGCUGCUAGACUAAUUCAACAAAGAGAGAGUGGAAAAACUGAAAACCACCUCUUUCCUGUUGGGAAAAAGGAAGAUUCUGAUGGGUAAG